GGGAAGGAUUUUACCCGGACUGGAGACUUAAAAAAACACCAACUCAUCCACAGUGGAGUUAAAGCGUACAGCUGUGAGUUUUGUGGAAAGUCUUUUACCGAGGCUGGAAACUUAAAAACACACCAACUCAUCCACAGUGGAGUUAAACCUUAUAGCUGUGAGUUGUGUGGAAAGUCUUUUACCGAGGCUGGACACUUAAAAACACACCAACUCAUCCACAGUGGAGUUAAAGCGUACGGCUGUGAGUUUUGUGGAAAGUCUUUUACCGUGGCUGGACACUUAAAAAAACACCAACUCAUCCACAGUGGAGUUAAACCUUACAGCUGUGACUUGUGUGGAAAGUCUUUUACCGAGGCUGGAACCUUAAAAAAACACCGACUCAUCCACAGUGGAUUUAAAGCUUACAGCUGUGACUUGUGUGGAAAGUCUUUUACCCAGGCUGGACACUUAAAAACACACCAACUCAUCCACAGUGGAGUUAAACCGUAUAGCUGUGAUUUGUGUGGAAAGUCUUUUACCCAGACUGGAGACUUAAAAAAACACCAACUCAUCCACAGUGGAGUUAAACCUUACAGCUGUGACUUGUGUGGAAAGUCUUUUACCGAGGCUGGAACCUUAAAAAAACACAGACUCAUCCACAGUGGAUUUAAAGCUUACAGCUGUGACUUGUGUGGAAAGUCUUUUACCCAGGCUGGACACUUAAAAACACACCAACUCAUCCACAGUGGAGUUAAACCGUAUAGCUGUGAUUUGUGUGGAAAGUCUUUUACCCAGGCUGGAGACUUAAAAAAACACACUGGAAAUGAAGUUUCCUGCUGUAAUCACUGUGGGAAAAUGUUUACCACAGAUACACAGUUAAAACGACACAUGUUUAGCCACACUAAGGAGAGAGCUUACAAAUGUGACCUGUGUGAGAAGACCUUUAAAUCUCCACAUCACCUGAGAAACCACCGACAGAUCCACACCAGAAAGUAACUCUACAAGUGCAGUUACUGUGAGAAGCGGAGCGACGCAGAUGGAUCCAUUUCUCAACCCUGUCGUCACUGUGGUGGUGGGAAAGAGUUUCUCUGUGACCUUUGAGAAAAACCUUCAGUCAUGAACGGGACCUAAAACCACAUCAACGUAGACACACUGGAGACAAAAUGAACUACUGCAAAGAAUGUGGGAGAGGCUUCCACACACCAAGUACAUUAAAAAUACAUGAAUAUCAAGUUUAUGUUUUUUCCUUU